UCUGAAUUUAAAGUGUGAAAACUGUAGCUUUCCAAGGUUAUUGGACUAAUGUCAAGCAGUAAUGCAAACACUUACUUGAAUGCAACAGUCAUCAACAUUCAUUCGCCUGUUGGUUCACCUGAGGAUAACCAGAGACGGCCUUCUUCCAUUGGCCAACAGGCUCCAGCCAAGCAAUCACCUAAAGUGGAAGAAUAUCGAAAAAUGAUUCAGCACAUUAUGGGAAAGAUCUUGAAAAGAAAACGCCCGUCAAGUUCAUUACUGUAUUUACAGCCUCAAUCAAUAGACCAAUUUGACAAUGAUGACACAAUCGAUCUCUUGAUCAAGCUAAGAUCCGCUCUGAUGGUAUGUCAUUCAGUUGGACUAAGCAAUCAAGUCUUGAUGCAAGGAGGACGCACACCAAAUGCUACACCCGCUUCAUCAAAAGUAAAUUCACCGCUUCCAUCACCGCGUAUCGGAAGCCCUUCUCGGUCUCCAGAAAAUGCAGCAUCAGCAUUGCCUUCGGUGUUACAGUCAAAGAAUGAUAAACGCUCAGAAUUUGAAAAGAUAUUGAAUAUGCUGAGUGACUUAGUGGCAAAUGACAGUAGAUAUAAAACAGCAAAUCCUAAGCCAUCUGUGCCUCCUUUCACUAUGCAGAGUAUUUUGAUAGAUAUUGGCUUAAUCCUUAUUCAGAUGAUAGAUGAUACACACAGUUUGUAUGAUGUCGGUCUUGUCUUUUUACCUGCAUUUGAAGCGUUUUCAAACGGUCCUAUGCUUGGAAAGUUGCUGUCACUAUACCUAGACACUUUAUUACCCAGGCUAAUGAGCCAUGAUAUUUCUCAUAAUACCACACCAAAAGAAACAAACACGAAGCCUUUGGAUAAUGACCUUAAACAUAAAACAUCUCUAACAGUGCAUAGCAAACAAAAUACGCCGACAAUCAGCAUUCAAAGCCCUGACCCCGAGCCAACUAGCAAUCAUUCAUUAAAGAUGUCGCAUCUAACGAUUGAUACACGCCUUCAAGUAUCAAAUGCAGACAUACACUCAUUCAAUUCUUUACCCUAUAGUUCAAGUCAGGGCCAUCAAUCACCUUCAGAUCUUCACCACGCGUAUGCAUUAUUUGCUCCUCUCCUAUUCUUUAUGAUGGAAUAUCUUGACCCGUAUAUCGAACACAAGAACGAAGAAUACGACACCCUCGAUCACACAAUGACACAGCAAGCUAGCUCUAUUUAUAGCUUUCACCGAGCACUUGGAUACAUGAUAAGCUGCAAACCAGAUGUCUAUCUCGACCUCUUGGACAUCAUUUCACACGGUACAGCUUCAGUCAAAUACCGUUCAUGCCAAGUCCUUUUUUACUACUAUUCUAACAGCAUUGGGCAUUCUUUAAUAACCAGCCCUAUAUCUCUAUUAAGUAUUGAAGAAGAAAUAGCAGCAUUGGAUAAACGCCGAAAAGAACAAAAGACGGAACAAGAGCAAAAUGAACCCAGGCUAUCAGGUAGCUAUAAGCGACUGCAAAAGAACCAACAGCCAGUAGUUCAAAACACUGCGUCGUCAAGUGCCCUAGACACUCCAGAGAAUGAAAUGAAUGAAGUGCAACAUAUAUGGAACCCACAUAUAUUCGAUAGAGCUAGCAACAGUAUUGAAAGCAAACAUACGACUGGUACAGCUUUAUUUCAGAUGCAUGAUGAUGUCAAUGAAGCCUUUUGUAAAGAAUGCUUCAAAUCUAUUAAAGGAUACGGGUUACGCUGCUAUCAAUGCAAAGCAAGUGUCCACUAUAGCUGCUUUAACUCUAGCGCUAAUGAGCAGGGAACCUUGUUUUAUUUGAAGGCAGGCGGUAUCCAAAAGGUCGUUACUCCUAUGUACUGUACUAUACCUCCCUCGCCGCGUUUCACAGAUAUGGUCAAUCGUGGUAUGGCGCACUGGACAAUGAAAUCAAAUUCCGCUCGAGUAGGACUAUUGGGCCAUGUCUUUAACCUCGUCAAUCUCUAUACUUUAACCACCUGUGCAAGUUGCUCUUUACCCCUCUGGGGCAUUGCACAGCAAUGCUAUCACUGUACCCAUUGUAACCGCUUUGUUCAUCCACACUGCUUAUCAGAGGCAGAAGAAAAUAAUGCAUUUUCAAACACAUCCUUUCAUACAUGUCGACCUGGUCAAUUUUUAGCCGAAAGCGAUAUACAUGUUACAACAAGCGAUAUUUCAAAAAGUUUAUACGAGUUUUAUGGUGAUGCUUUACCGCUAAAGGUAAAAGACCUUCAGGAUAGAGGAUUUGAAGAAGUAGCCACCAUUUUGAACACUUUGCUACUACAAGAUAAUAUCAUGCACUGGGGUAUUGCUACAGGCUGCAUUUUGAUCAGUGACGAAUCGGAAGAUCCAUUAAUUUCUCAGCUGCGACAAGAGGAAAAUUCGACAUCUAAUCCAUUUAGUGAUGAAAUACUGUAUGCAACAGGUUCAUGUCAAUUACUGACAGCUUCUAUUCGAGCCUGUCUAGACUACUUGGGCUCAGAAAAAUGCAGAAAGUCUACUUUUUUGGUUAAUUUCCAAAAGCAGCAGGAUAAAAUGAAUGAAUAUGUAUUGAGUAGAGAAGAUUAUCUAAGCCAUUUGAGCGCCAUGAUGAAAAGUUUAGUUACUUCAUUUGGUGAUAACUUUACCGCCGGAAGUCCUACUGCCUACUCCCAUUCGUCUCCUCCACCAUUAGAUCCCAGACGCUCUAUUGGCGAUGCUCGUGGAUUUUUGCAGGUCAAUCCUGCUCCUUACUCGCCAUGGGAAGAGGAAGCAGAUGAUUUUAACAGCGGUAGUCCACCCAAUGAGCAGCUCGACCGAUCCGUAUUACUCUCCUGGGUUAUGACUAAUAUAAACUUCAAGAGUCGCAAAGCAGCUGAAUUGUUGAUUCAACAUAUGCGGAAUGUUGGACUCUUUGAAAGGUUUGAUGGCUCAGCCAUCGUGUUUUAUGCAGAUGAGACUACAUCAGCUAAUCACGAUGAUACGCCUAUUACAUGCAUAUUCCCUGUUCCUUUUGCUAUUGACUGUUCGUUUACAGUCGAAUCAACACUGAAUGCUAUUGAAGCCUGUCUUACUGAUGUGAACUUGUCUAUCAAUGAAUGUGGCCUACUCCUUUUAGUACGACGGUGUUGGCCAAGCUCCUUUAUGUCACAGUAUACACAACAGCGCUUGAUUCAGGCUAUAUUGUCAUGGACAUUUGACGAAGACGAAAGACUGUUGGCACUUCAUGCAGAACUUACUUCAAAUAAGGCUUCAAACUUGAGCAAACAGCAUAUCAGAUGGGCACAAACAGCUUACGCGAGAAAAAUAAAGGGACAGCAUGCAGAUCGUCACAGGCAGAGUGUGCUGUAUCAUAGCGCAACGGCAGGUGUUAGUAGUGGAGCAAGUAAUAUUUAUGUAACAACACGCGCUGCUUUGAAGGAUCGAUACGUGGCAUAUUGGAUGUGUUCACUUCAUGACAUGGAUAGACAAGCCUAUGCGGAUAUGCUAUUUACAGCCAUUGAAAGUUCUCUUGAUGAUAAACGUGAGUACAGCAUACCCCUUUGUUGGAAUGAAGCUCGCGAUAGAAAGAAGCAAGUUGUAGAACGAUAUGAACAGUUUGUAAGCCAUAUAUUAAAGUUAAAGAGCUACGGCCUGGUAUUUUCUUCUCUUGAUUUCCUCAUACAAAAAUGGUUCAAUCAUGCAUACGAAGAAUUUGAUAGCCUUGGUAUUCUUCAGGGUGAAGAAAUAUUAGAAAUCAAGCACCUUGCAAAGCUCUGCUCAUCAAAAUUAAAGACAGUCCCUGGUUCUCCAGAUAGUAGUAGGUUUGGCUCAGCGUUAGAUAUACUUGUAGAACAAUUUAACGAUGGCAGUAAGGAGGGUAUAAGCCGAGGCAUGAGAUGGCUGACUUUGACAGUUUAUGCUGGAACUGGUGUGCCCUCCAAAGCAUUGAUACAAAUAGCAAAGAUGCUGACGAAAUCUCAAGCCUCAUUGGAUGUAUUUGCAGAGUUUGUAAAAGUUAUAUGGCUUCAGACUGCUGGAGUCUCAAGUGGUCUACUUGCUCGAAAGGAUAUCAUCGAAAUCAUUAGUCAUAUUCAUGAAAAUCAAGCAGAAAUGCUAUCAAAACUCAAUGACUCUGACAGAAACCUAUUGAGUAUGCAAAGCUUUAUUAAGCACUCAAUUGCGUUAAUAGCGUUUGCCUUUGGUUGCUCCUUGAACAAUAUAGCUGAUCUUGAUAUCGUGCCAUUCACUAGCAGUAGUCCUAUCUCACCAGCAAGCAAAAGGAAUACGUUUCAUGCAAACAAUGUUGCUAUACAGCCUGACGAGAAAUCGCCCGUCAUUCGAUACUUGCUCACAUAUCUUGAAUUCAGGCAGCUUGACAUUGAUGAAUAUAUAAUCAAGCUGUACUACGCUUUAUCUCAAUGGGGUAACGGUAUUCUCAACAAGGAAGAAUUUCUGCUAAAGUGUAUGCCUCAUAUCAUGCCAACCAUAUGGAAACAUCUUUUACCUACUUUUGAUUAUCUGAGUGAUAUCAAUCUGACUCUGUUAAUGAAUCUCAUCAGCAUUGAUGCAGGAUAUUUUCAAUCCUAUGUGCACGAAAUCUUUAAAGAUCAAAAUUGGGAACUAAGGUAUCAAGGAUUAGAUAACUUGUUUGGAUUAUUUACAAAAAUGGAUACUAUAUUUCAGACAGAAUGGCUCAAGCUCCUUUGUCAUCUUGGCCCGAUGUUUAGUUUUUUCGUCCAAAGCCUAUGGGAUAAAGAGGAUAAGGUUCGAUCAAAAGCAUUGACACUGAUCAGAACGCUCAACACUCUCCAUCUUCGUUCAGCAUUUCGAUGCUGGGAGGCAUAUUUUUUGACAGCGUCAGACGAACAAAAGAAGGUAUUGAUACAACAAAUGAUGCAACUCAACGCGCUUUUCCCGGAUUGGCAAGUGUUAGAAUGGGAGUCUCUAUUGGAAGCUUUAGAAAGGGAGUCAUACAUAGUUGUGAGUGAUGAUCCAGCCCACACGCCACUAAACUACGAUCUUCUCAAAGAUGAAAUCCAAUCUGAUAAAGAGAUUCAAAACUUGAAGCUGCUGUUGAUAACACUUGCUUUACAAAUGUUGAGCAAUCACUUGAAACCAACUCAUGAACAGAUAUUCCGACUAAAGCUUAUACUGGUGCAGCAAAUGGGAUUUCAAAAUUGCCAUUAUUUCAAUAACGCAGGAGAAAUAAGUGUUGAAUUUGAUCAUCUAAGAUACGACCCAAACAAUUCUUUACAGGUGGCUUCAAUGAUUUGUUGUGUCCGUAGUCUGAAAAAGGUCAUGGACAGCUUUGCGCCUCUCCCUGCCGAAACAAUUGCCCUCAUGGUCUCUCAAUCAGUCGAACAUGGCAAGCUGAAUUUAUCCGAAAAUACUAGCCCUGGUGUCUAUUUUCUUGAUGUUGUGUUCAAAAUGCUAAAUUCUGGAAUUGAUCUUGCUCAACUUGGUAACUUGAUGCUAAGAACUUGGCUCGAGACUUUUCUGAUUGUUAUUUACAAACACAACAUUUUAGAGCCUCGAUACGAGCGAGAUAUUGUUAGCUGUAUGAAAGUAGUUAUUGAACUUUUAAACAUGGAUGUCAGUGAAGAGAACAAGCUAUUGAUAUUAGAAAUCCUCAAGUGCCUUCUCCGUCGUUCAGAUCACCUUACAGCCAUGGUGUUAUCAAAACAGAUCAUGGCUCUUGGCAAAAUCCUAACAAAGCAUGGACUUAAGCAUUCAGAUCCUGUGCUCCUAAAGGCAAAACAGUUCUUAAAGAGUGCGUUUCUGCGCUUUGCUGUAGCAGGACUAUUUGUCCUGUUGUUUAAAAAUCAACCUGUUCAUGACGAUAGCAACAAGAAGGUUGAUCUUUUCUUUGUAUUACGUACAGUAAUAGAUCCAGAAGAUAUUGUGCCUGAUGAAGAUAUCCAUGGAGAACACGUUUACUUGUAUGAUCAGCCUGUUCGUGAUGUACUCGACAAACUGAUGAAACAGCAAAUGGAUCGCAAAGCUUUUUCGAACGUAUUACACAACACUUGUAAAUAUGUGGAGACAGUGCACUCGCACCCAUAUUCCUUGAGCAUACUGAAUGAGCUCCCCAACUUUCUCAAUACCCUGAUUAAACAUACCUCAGACUGGAGACGAUCCGAUUGGGACAUCAAUCCUGUUCUGUCUAUGUCUGCUAUUCUCCUGAAAGAACACCCUUAUCAAUAUUCUAGCUUACUUUCGCCGAUACAAGCCGUAUUUAAGUAUGGUCUUCACGAUUGCAUGAUACAACCUGAAGCCGUAGCAAGAUUAUUAAUUGCCUACUCAUUGAUUACCUCUGUGCCUGAUGUUCCUCCUGUCAAUCCCUUUGUUGAUAUCAUAUUAGAAGAAACCAAGAAUUACCUUCUAGGGCUAAAUAGACCAAACAAGGAAACGAUGCUUAUGUUACUUCAGACCAUCUAUUGGGAUCUUACGCCAUCGGGUCAAGCAUGGUAUAUGAAGAUAAGCAAAUCAGUGUUCAACAAUUCCAAUGAACACGCAAGCUACUUUGAACUCAAGUUGAAAAAUAUAUUGUCUCAGAUGGUCCACUUUUUAAAAUUGCCUUCCAGCAGCCAACCUUUUACAAAGAGAGAUUUCAAGGUGCAUAGUAUUACAUCUCAACUCGUUGCUUAUAGUUGCACCAAAGACCCUAAUGAAAUGACAAGAAUAUUAGGAUAUCUAAAGCUUGAGGAAACACCAGAAUGCCUUCGAUUCUUGAACUGGUUCAUCUUGGCUUUACUAAAAUCAAAAUCAAGCCAAGCACUACUUUCUAUGCUACGCUACGAGAAUGUUAUUACGGAUCUUAUAACGCAGAUUCUAAACAGUGUAAAGAUCGAUUUCCACAACCCUAGUUCCAAUUUCUUGUACAGCCGUGUGAAUGAAGUGUUACUACUAUGCUUCCUUUUAACAAAAACAUGGGCCUUAUUAAAGAUGAAGUGCAAAACUUUGGGUGAAGAACAGGGCAUUAACCAAGUGUUCUUUUGGUUGUCCAUAUGGCCAUCUCUACGAAGAUUAUUGGAAGCAAUCGAGCCUUCGACGCUAUUUAUUACUGGAGGUGCUGGUAUUCCUAUAUGGAAUAUGUUUCUAUCACUACUACAGCUGCUGUUUGUUUCACGUAGCGAUGCUACUGUCGUGAACGCAUAUGAAUGGAGCAUCUUAUUAGACUAUUUAUUAGCAAAGAUUGAAGAGAUUAGCAGUGAUGUAUUUAUUGGGCAAGAACAUGAUGCUGAUCAAGUAGUUGUUAUUGCAAACUUCAAAAGACAAGUAACUAGAAUAAGAACAAUGCUGGAUGUCCCACCAGCUGAAGCUCCUUUAGCACUUUUGGUUGAUCAAUUACUGAUGGAGCUUCGAGAAAUAAUGCGUUUAGAAGUAGAAACCGUUAUUACUCAUGGAGUUAACCGUGAGUUAACAUUGCCUGAUGCCUCGUAUGCAGUGAGACUGUAACAAACUACAGUAAGCUGCUUUACCGCCUUUUGCGUAAAUGAUUUAGAAUAUAUAAGACUUUUCUUAUACGAAUAAACUUUAUUAAAGAUCUUGGACGUACCAUGAUUGUCAGAAUUGUGUAGACAAGUGUAAACAAAAAGACUAGACACAAGUCAAACGCCAAUGCUAUUACGCUAGUUA